AUGCGCAGACCCAUGAACGCGGAGGAGCAGUCGGAGAACGAGCGCUCCGUCGUCAACACCCGCGACGCGCUGCGCGAGGUGUCGAUUACGCAAACCGUGAAGGGCGACAAGCAGGUCGACCGCACCUACAACUUCGACCAGGUGUUCGGCGCGCACGCCACGCAGGAAGACAUCUACGACGACGCGGUGAGGCCCGUCGUCGAGGAGGUGCUCGAGGGAUUCAACUGCACCAUCUUCGCGUACGGACAGACGGGCACGGGCAAGACGCACACGAUGGAGGGUUACCACGACUGGGACGACGCAUCCUCAGACUCAUUCGCCGAUUCGAUGCCCAGCAACGCGGGCGUCAUCCCGCGGGCCAUGUCGCACAUAUUCGCGCACCUGAAGGCCAAAGGCGUGGAGCACAGCGUCAAGUGCACGUUCUUGGAGCUCUACAACGAAGAAAUCACCGAUCUGCUGGCCGUGUCGGACCUCGUCGAGGGCACCGUUGAGGCUGCCAACGCCAAAGCCCCGAAGCAUCCUUUGAUGGAGGACGGAAAAGGCGGCGUCGCGGUGAAGGGACUGGAGGAGGUCGCGGUGGCCAACCCCGAGGAGAUCUUCGACCACAUCAGGCGGGGAAGCGCGAAACGUCGCACCGCGGAGACGCUGAUGAACAAGCAAUCGUCUCGGUCGCACUCCGUCUUUAGCGUCACCGUGCACACCAAGGAGUCCACCCCCGACGGCGAGGACGUCAUCCGGUGCGGCAAGCUCAACCUCGUCGACCUCGCGGGGUCCGAGAACAUCUCUCGGUCGGGCGCCGUGGACAAGCGCGCGAGGGAAGCCGGCGAGAUCAACAAGUCGCUCCUGACGUUGGGCCGCGUCAUCGCCGCGCUCGUUGCGGGCGGCGGCCACGUGCCGUACAGGGACUCGAAGCUCACCCGGCUGCUUCGCGACGCGCUCGGUGGGAAGAGCAAGACUUGCAUCAUCGCCACGGUGUCCCCGGCGGCGCACUCGGCGGAGGAGACGCUCCAGACGCUCGAGUACGCGCACCGCGCCAAGAGCAUCAAGAACAAGCCCGAGAUUAACCAGAGGGUGA